GGGAAUCUGGGUCCUGAGUGAAAAACACCGUCCGGGGGAGCGACCAACUUCUGCGUGUGUUUUUAUUACCGUUAUUUUAGUUCUUAUUCCUCCAACCGCCUCGUCUCUCUUUCAGAAAAACUUCCCCGACCGCGGAGCAGCAACGUGCGGCGCUGACACCGCCGCUUCACCGACGGAGCCGCGGCGGAGUUGUUUGUGAAGUCGGGGUGAAAAUGGAGAGCUCAGCUGAGUGAGAGUGGGGUGAGGAGGCUGGGUUUGGCAGAGCUGCGGGUCCUGCCCUUCUGCUAGCGGCUAGCUAGCAUGCUAACACAAACUCCGAAGUUACGAGAGCCUCCCUCCGCUGUGAGUCUCCAGGGGAGCUGCUCUAUCUGCAGUUCGACCGCUGCUGACGCUGCAGCUUCUCCGGAUGGAUCCGAGCUCAGUUGAUGGUGUGACUGUCUGUGGACGCUCUGCGUGAAUCCUGAGGACCAUGAUGCAUUUCUGCUGAAGGCGACCACCACACUUAAAAGUUGGUUCGAAGCAGCUCUCCUCCCGAUCAAUCGUUCUUUGUGCAGCGAGGAUCCAAACCCACCCGUGCUUUUUUCUCCAUAACAUUUAACGUCAUCUGAGAUGGGGCCCUGGUAGCUUCUUCAAGGGGUUUGAGGUCCCCCCCCCCCCCCGGCUGCAUACAGUGUGUGGGCAUAAGACUCAUCAACACAGGUCUAUAAGAGAAAGCUGUGACCCGAUGGUUAAGCACUUGCCGUGGGAGUGGAGACGCCCGGCGUGAUUUCCAGAAUGCAUUCAUGAGCUCCUCGGCCGUUAACCUGGACCUAAGUGGAUGUAGUGCUUGUGUUCAUGGGCUGUGACUGCUGAUGCCAGCUCAUUGGGACUUGAGGGGGUGUAAUCAGCUUUAUUCAUGAACCCUCUGACUCCGCGUGGGUACGGCCUGGAUGUUGGAUGCCCUGAGUGUGUUGAAUCUGCUGUAGCGGUGAUGAGGCAGGGCUCCGUGUGGCCUGCGUGGCUGAAUGGGCAGCGGCCCACGGUGAUGUGAUGGGUUGCAGGAACAGUAAGGUCCUCCCUGAGCCUCCGGGGGAUGUUCAGUUGGACCUGGUCAAAAAGGUUGAGCCUCUGCAGCCCCCCCAGACAGAUAUCUUCAAGCACUUCAUACGAGGUGAUGGCACAGGAAGCAAGACGGGCGGGGGUGGGGGCGGGGGCGGUGAUAAGGCCGACUCCACAUAUCAGGCCCAGGCACAAGCUGCCACUCCUACCGCUUCCGCCCAGCCGCCCAAGGACCCGUCCGAACUGUCCGACCCUCAGCGGAAGAAGGUGGCGAAAUAUCGAGCCAAGUUUGAUCCCCGGGUCACGGCCAAGUACGACAUCAAAGCUCUGAUUGGACGAGGGAGUUUUAGCCGGGUUGUUCGCGUGGAACACAAGAGCACGAGGCAGCCGUACGCCAUCAAGAUGAUCGAGACCCGUUACCGGGAGGGGAGGGAGGUGUGCGAGUCCGAGCUGUGUGUUCUCAGGCGCGUUCGCCACACCAAUAUAAUCCAGCUGAUGGAGGUGUUCGAGACGGCGGAACGUGUCUACAUGGUGAUGGAGCUCGCCACUGGAGGAGAGCUCUUCGACCGGAUCAUCGCUCGUGGCUCCUUCACCGAGCGGGACGCCACCCGGGUGCUGCAGAUGGUGCUGGACGGCGUCAAGUAUCUCCACACGUUGGGGAUCACUCACCGAGAUCUGAAGCCGGAGAACCUGCUCUACUACCACCCCGGGGCCGACUCCAAGAUCAUCAUCACCGACUUCGGUUUGGCAAGCAGCAGGAAGAAGGGGGACGAGUGUCUGAUGAAGACCACCUGCGGCACGCCGGAGUACAUCGCGCCUGAGAUCCUGGUGCGGAAGCCCUACACGAACGCGGUGGACAUGUGGGCGCUGGGGGUGAUAUCGUACAUCCUGCUGAGUGGAACCAUGCCGUUCGAGGACGACAACCGCAUGCGGCUGUACCGACAAAUCCUCAAGGGGAAGUACAGCUUCUCCGGAGAGCCGUGGCCCAGUGUGUCCAACCUGGCCAAAGACUUUGUGGAGAGAAUCCUGACGGUGGACCCCAGCGAGCGGCUCACCGCUGGCCAGGCCUUCAAGCACCCCUGGGUCGUCAGCAUGGCCGCCUCCUCUUCCAUGAAGAACCUCCAGCGCUGUAUAUCUCAGAACCUGCUGAAGCGGGCGUCCUCGCGCUGCCACAGCACCAAGUCGGCUCAGUCCACGCGCUCCAGCCGCUCCACCAAAUCCAACAAAGCCCGUCGGGUGCGUGAGAAGGAGCUGCGCGAGCUGAACCGUCGCUAUCAGCAGCAGUACAACGGCUGA